UGCAUUACUUGUUGAAACUGUGAUGGCUGAACAUGAACUUGUAGCAGAAGAAGAUGCAAAGCUAAACAGACAAUCAAAAGCAGCUAUCAAUAAACUCAGAAAGUUGCCACUUCUAACUGAAGUACUAUCUAAGAAACAACUUCAAUUAGAGUUUCUAGAUCAUGGAGUUCUAACUCUUUUGAAAAACUGGCUUGAACCCCUUCUGGAUGGAAGCUUGCCCAAUAUAAACAUUCGUGCCGAAAUAUUGAAGAUCCUAACUCAAGUAGAAAAUAAAGAAAUGCAAGAGAGAAUCACACCGCUAGAACAACAACUGGCUACAGCCAAUAGUUCUAAUGCCAAGUCAGAAGCUGCAUUGGCUGAAAAGGAAAUCAUAGAAGAUGAAUACAUGAAAAAAGUUGAGGAGUUGAAGAAGAAAGAACGGGAGUUGGAGAAUGAUCUGGUUCUUGUUGAAACUUCCUUCCAUAUGAUCAUUGUGAUAUGUUUAGAUGAGCUUCUCCAGAAGGGAUAUAACCUUGGUUCUGGAAUUUCAUUGUUCAUAGCCACUAAUAUUUGUGAAAGCAUCAUCUGGAAAGCAUUUAGCCCUCUUAAAACCAUAGAUUUUGGAUUAUCGGUUUUCUUUAAACGAGGUGAAACUUUUGUAGAUGUGGUUGGAAGCCCUUACUAUGUUGCCCUUGAAAUUUUGCUUAAAAAUUAUGGUCCUGAAGCAGAUAUAUGGAGUGCUGGUGCGAUUCUUUACAUUCUUCUUUGUGGGGUCCCACCUUUUUGGGGAGAAUCUGAAAAUCAGAUCUUUGAAGAGAUUUUGAGGUGUAAACUCGACUUUUCUUCAGAUCAUGAGGUCUGA